AAUUACAGAAAUCCAAUCAGAUGGUGGAGGAGGCUCCUCAAAAGUUGUACAUUACAAGUGGUGGAUACUGAUAGUAUUUUUCACCAUGUUUGUACUCGCCGGUCAGUCAGUCGCAACAAUGUUAGGAAGACUUUACUUCAUCAAAGGUGGCAACAGUAAAUGGAUGGCAACACUAGUUCAAACAGUUGGAUUCCCAAUUAUGUACCCCUUCAUCUUCCUGUUCUCACCUUCAAAAACACCACCACAAUACCAUCAACAAGUCGUCAAAAGACCUUCGUUGACUACCCUUGUGAUACUCUAUACAACUCUUGGAAUAUUCAUGGCUGCAGACUGCAUGUUGUUUACCUUUGGACUCAAUUUUUUGCCUGUUUCCACAUUCUCUUUGAUCUCUGCGAGUACUCUCGCUUUCAACGCCUUCUUUUCAUAUUUUCUUAAUGGCCAGAAGUUCACUCCUUUCAUCGCUAAUUCACUUGUUCUGCUCACUUUUUCGUCUACGCUACUUGUGUUUCAGAGCGAUUCUGAAGAGACUGGGAAAAUAUCGAGAAGCAAGUAUAUCAUUGGUUUUGUUUGCACAGUCGCUGGUUCUGCAGGGUGGGGUUUAAUGCUUUCAAUAACACAACUUGCGUUUCAAAAGAUUUUGAAAUCUACAAGUUACAAGGUGGUAUUCGAUAUGACCGUGUACCAAAAUAUGAUAGCAAGUAUUGGAAUUCUAAUGGGACUAUUUGCUAGUGGUGAAUGGAAAGAUAUAAAAUGGGAAAUGAGGGGUUUUGAGUCUGGACAGGCUUCGUAUAUAAUGAAUCUUGUAGGAACAGCUGUCGCGUGGCAAGUUUUCACGCUUGGUUAUGUGGGUUUGAUCUUUGAGGUUUCGUCUCUUUUCUCAAAUGUUAUUGGUACUUUAGGUAUCCCGAUUGUGCCCGUUUUGGCAGUAUGGUUUUUUGAUGAAAAGAUGAAUGGAGUGAAGGUGAUUUCCAUGUUGUUAGCAAUAUGGGGGUUUGUCUCUUUUAUCUAUCAACAUUAUCUUGAUGACUUGAAGGAAAAAACAAAUGCUAAACUUCUAAAUCUUAAUCAUGAAGUUAAUCUUACGGGAACAAGUAGUAUUAGUCAAUAAACAUAGGACUUUGUAUUACUUAAAUAAAACUUUGUAUUACUAGAGUUUCCGUAAUAUGAGACAACCUUAGCUAGUGUAGUAUGUAUAAAAAACGAUGUAAGUCGAUUUUUGUUUUAAAUGAAUAUAUGAGACCUUACUAUGUGUGUAUUGUAUUCAUAAUUCCAUUUGUUAUGUCCUUACUUUUUGUUUUGAUAU